UCUCUCUAUCUCUAUCUCCCUCUCGGCCUCCUGCGUAUUAUCCGGUAAAGGGGUCAUUGCGGCGACGGACGGUGUGUGGUAAAGGUGCCUCGGGAACACACGGAGACACACACACACAUAGACCUGACGAAGGGGAGACUCCUACAUGUGGUGGUGCUAGGAGGUGAUCAGUUCUUCGUGAGAGAGAGGAAAGAACUCGGGUUAGGAUGCUGACGAAGGCGCUGCUGGGGGCGUUCCUCCUGCUGCUGGUGGGACAUAGCGCCCUCAGUAAAAUGGUCUACAAAUGCCCCGAGGGCUGGGUACACCAGAGUUCCACCGGUCAGUGCUUCAGAAUUCACUCCUACGGCAAGGUCAGGAAGUUCUCGGACGCAAGAUCUUACUGCCAAGGUCACGGGGGCGAUUUGGCUGUUAUUGAGGACGUCGAUACUAAGAACUGGCUGGCCCUCGCAAUAGCCGAGACGGAGCUAGUGGGUGAGCAGUCGUUCAUGUGGGUCGGUGCCAAGCUAGUGGAUGGCCAGUGGCAGUGGGUGGAAGACGGCCAUCCGGUGGAUUCUAGUGUCGUACAAUGGGAAGAGGAAGGGACCGGGGACUGCGCUGCCUUCACCGCGGACUCGAAACUCAAGAAGUAUGACUGUGUCAAUAGAAUUCACUUCAUCUGUCAUCGCCCUAUCAAUGUUCCGCUUCCUUGUAACAUAGACAUGGGUUGGGAGCAAUUGAGAGAACUGUGUUAUAUGAAAUCCACUGAACCGGAGCCCUGGCACAACGGACGCCUGCAGUGCAAACUAUACGGCGCCGACCUCAUCACCAUCACCGGCGCUGUCGUCCAGCAAUUCGUCACUGACUUUGCGCUCGAGAGACAUGACAACAUUUGGAUUGGCUUGAGUGAGGAGGAUCACCCGGGAAAAUGGGCGUGGAGUGACGGCAGCGACGUUAACUACACUCACUGGGACACUGACCAACCGGAAUCACUGGACGGUUUCGGCGCGGCGGCUGUGAACCACGAGCAGACGGACGGCAAGUGGGUCGUCGAAAAACUCACCGAAGACUACCACUAUCUCUGCCAAAAGAAGCAAGGAUCCUGCGUGGCCGGCUGGGAGGAAUUCGGCAACUCCUGCUACUACUUCAACACCGAGGAUGACGACCUCGUGGUGUGGGAGGACGCCAGAUCGACCUGUGAGUCCGUGGGGGCGAAGCUGGUCGUCCUCGAUACCUUGGCCGAGGACGAGUAUUUCCGCGGGCACAUGCCGGAGACCGAUCAGCUGUGGAUUGGGUUGUAUAGCAACCCCGGCGACGGAUUUUACUGGGUGGACGACACGACAAUGACAUCCAAGAAUUUCACCUUUGUUUCGGAUGAAAACAUUGACGACGCCCUGAACUCCGAUGUGAAAAAAUGCAGCUUCUUUCAGAUCAGAGAAUCCGACCCCGGCGAGCCCAGCCACUCGUCCUGGGUCCCCACCGACUGCGCCUCAAAGAACCACUACGUCUGCGAGAUUCCUGCGGGAGACAGCCUCACCCUCUUGCCUCCUCCAGAACUCAAGUACUGUCCCGACGGCUGGGUGAACAGUCUCGAACACUGCUACUUCUUCAGCUCCGUCGAGAAGUCUUGGCAGAAGGCACGGGAGGAGUGCCAGAAAUUCGACGGCGGAGAUCUGGUGUCGAUCACUACUUGGGCCGAACAGGAUUUCGUAUCGAAUAACUUUAUGGACGACGGGUGGAUCGGCUUGAAUGACCGAAGCACCGAGGACGACUGGGUUUGGAGUGACAAGAGUAAGGUCCUCAUCACCAACUGGAAUGAUGGUGAACCAAACGGCAACGGAGGCAAUGAGAACUGCGGAGAAUUGAGGACGGACACCGGCAAGUGGAAUGACCUUCCUUGCAACCUCGCGCGUGUGUUUGCGUGCAAGAGCAAGGCCUCUGCCACGCCCGUCUCGCCGGUGGUUCCUACGACGACGCCCUAUCCUGACUAUUCCGGAUGCGGUUGGGGCUGGACAGAGAACCCGGUGAGCGGCGAGUGUUACCGCAUAGAGCUUGAAGAGCUGAGCUUCGUAGAUGCGAGACAUUACUGCGGAGAGCUUUCCCACAGCGAGGGGCACAGCUCGCCGGAUCUGGUAUCACUGACCACGGCGCAGGAACAGGCCUUCGUUGAUGACAUGGUAAAGGAACAGCACCUGAGCCAAACGUCGUUGUUCAUCGGCCUCAUGAACAACGCGGACGGGCACAGGUGGCUAGACGGAACACCUGUUCUCUUCUUCAACUGGAAUGACGGGGAACCGAGUGGAGGUUAUCCGCAGGAGGAGUGUGGAGAAAUGUACGUCGACUCAGGCAAAUGGAAUGACGUGUUUUGUACGCAACGCCGUGCUUUCGUCUGCGAGAAGAAAGGCUCAAACUACGUGGGCCCGGUUGACCCUCCGCCACCUGAAGUGCGGUGUCCGGAUGGCUGGAAAUACUGGAACAACCACUGCUACUACUUCGGCGUCGAGAGCAAAUCUUGGGACGAAUCGAGGUCCUGGUGUCAGGCCAACCUCGGGAGUGACCUGGCCUCGAUCACCAGCGAGGACGAAAACAACUAUAUUAAUGACAUACUAGCUGCCCAAUACCUAAACGCCUGGAUUGCUCUCCACGACGACAACGCAGGGGAAAAUUGGCACUGGGUGGACGGUGCCAACUACGACUACACGAACUGGAUGAGCGGAGAACCAAACAACCAGGAUGGGUCGGAGCACUGUGGAGAGUGGUUGUCCACUAGGGACAGAGAUGAAUCUUGUAUGACGUGGGUGCGUGGGUGGUGA